AUGUUAUAUUUAAAUAGAUCAAAAUUUCAACAAUUUCCAUUUCAUUUAGUACUACCAUCACCAUGACCAAUUGUUACAUCAUUUAGUUUAUUAGGUUUACUAUUAACUUUAGCUUUUACUAUACAUGGUAUUAUUGGUAAUAUUUAUCCUUUAUUAUUAUCUUUAUUAGUAGUUUUAUUACUAAUAACUUUAUGAUUUAGAGAUAUUGUAGCUGAACUUACUUAUUUAGGUGAUCAUACUUUAGCUGUAAGAAAAGGUAUUAACUUAGGUUUCCUAUUAUUUGUUGUAUCUGAAGUAUUAAUUUUUGCUUCUUUAUUUUGAGCUUACUUCCAUUCAGCUAUAAGUCCUGAUAUUCUAUUAGGUAAUGUUUGACCACCAGUAGGUAUUGAAGCAGUUCAACCAACAGAAUUACCAUUAUUAAAUACUAUUAUUUUAUUAGCAUCAGGUCUAACUAUUACAUAUAGUCAUCAUGGUUUAAUUGAAGGUAAUAGAAAACAUGCUUUAUCAGGUUUACUUAUUACUUUCUGAUUAAUUGUUACAUUUGUAUUAUGUCAAUAUAUUGAAUAUAGUAAUACAUCAUUUACAAUUACAGAUGGUAUUUAUGGUUCAGUAUUUUUUGCUGGUACUGGUUUACAUUUCUUACAUAUGGUUAUGUUACUAAUUAUGUUAGGUAUUAAUUAUUGAAGAAUAAGAAAUUAUCAUUUAACAUCAACACAUCAUGUAGGAUAUGAGACUACUACUAUUUAUUUACAUGUUUUAGAUAUUAUUUGAUUAGCAUUAUAUAUUUGUUUUUAUUGAUGAGGUGUAUAG